AUCCAAUGCGGCAGCGCCUGCGGCGACAUCAGCGGCGGCUGGUGGCAAUGGCAACAACAACAACAACAAUGGCGGCGGCGCUGGUGUGGGUUCACAAUCGGUGCCCACACCCGUCGCGGACAGUUCUACGAACGUCCAGAUUCAGACGGAAAAUGAUGGCGAGGCAGCGACCGUGCCAGAUGUACCUGAACAAGCAGAUGCGAACAACGACCAGCAGCAGCAGCAACAGCAGCAACAGCAGCCGGAACAACAAGCCCCCGCACCGACACCAGCCCCGGCUCCAAUUCCGCCCGAGAACGCCGCUCCCGAUGUCGUAAACGGAAACAUCGCCACGACCGCGGUCGCCGGUUCCAACGGUGCGGCGGCGGUCGGAGAAGGCGUGGCUGACCCGUCGACGACGACGAUAUCCGACGGCUCGACCCGGUCCGGUGCGCCCACAGCCGUAGUCGCCGGCAGCGUCGCGGGUGGCGUGGCUGUCGUAUCACUGAUCGCCUUCCUCCUAUGGUUCUGGCGCAAGAAGAAGAUUAACCGGCGUAGGAGCUCUCUUCUCACGCCCCUCACCAUCGAGCCCUCAACCCUCAAUGGUGGGAACAACGAGAAGUCGUACAUUAUCGAACGCGGAUCCGUCGGCCCUACACCAAAGACGGAGAGGAUCAGGGCUGCCGUUGGGGCGAGAUUCCAGGGUCUCAGAGGCAAGUCGAGCGGGUCCAGGAGCGGCCCUAGCGUGGACCUGAGGAGCGGCUCGCCGUACGACGAUGCCUCCUUCCACAGCCGCAACAACUCAUCCUCCCUCUCCCUGGGGUCCGGGAACAAGGACGUCGUCACCGGCAAGGACCGUUUCAAGGACUGGUGGUCUCGGGUGACAGCCGACGUCAACUUCAACUGGAAGAUGAGGAACGACCGCACCAUGGACGCCGAUCCGGCAGCCGCAGUCCGCAACGUCAGCGAACGGAAGGGAUCGCAGCCCGAUUUCCUCACCCUGCUUGGCAUGGACGAGAAGGAGGUGCAGCGCGAGGCCCAGAACCGACAAGCGAACCACUCCGCCAACGGCAGCGCGGGCUCCGCGAACCACUUCCUCGGCGGUCUAAACCUCAAUUUCGACUCGGCCAACAACCCCUUCUCCGACAUAAACGCACUGUCCCACGAAUCCGCCAAGCCGCCGCCCCUGACUGUUUCCCCGCGCGCCAACCCUUUCUCCGAUGCCAAUGCCCUUUCGGACAAGGCUGGCAGCAGCACCAAGCCCCAUCGACCUAUCGUCGUCGACUCGGUCUACCGCGAAUCUGUUGCCAGCGUCGACAAUUUCGAUAACAAGCGCAACAAGUUCAGGUCCGAUCCUUUCGAUCUCGAGCGGCCGGAGCUUCUCGGCAGUCGGCAGGAUCUCACAACCGCCAACAUGAUGGCGGCGGAUGGCCAGGGUGUGCGCGGCAGCGUCAACAAGCCCAGGCGAGCUCACACCAGGGACGACAGCCUCUCGUCCAAAUACUCGAGCGGGUUCAGCCUCGGAGACUGGAGCGACCCGGGACCCGAUGUCGGUCCCGGCUCGACGAGGUGGGAUAGUCCCACUCCCGAUGACGACUACAGGCCUGGUUCUAGGCAAAGGGGUGGCAGCAAGGGAAGCAAUGGAAGCGUAGGAAAGGCGCUGUAA